UUACACAUUCCAGUCUCUCUCUCUCUCUCUCUCUCUCUCUCUCUCUCUCUCUCUCUCUAUACAGGAAUGCUGUAAGUAAACGCUGUUCUAAUUCGAUUCAAGUAAACGCCCAUAAAAUUUCUACAUAUACUGAUCUAUAUGGUUAUCGUUGCAUAAGAAAUUUUCAAAAAGGAAGCAUUUGGAGUUAAUUCAUUAUAAAAAUGCCGGUGAAAACUGGCGUUGUGCUAUUGAUCGUCUUGUUGGUGGCGGGUACGGUUGCUUCGGUGGCGUAUGGUGGCGGAGGUGACUAUUCGACGACGGUUCUAACUUUGGUGAGGGCUUUUCCGGCGAACAAGACGGUUGAGCUGGAAAUCCUCAAGGCACGUGACCGUGUCAGACACGCUCGAAUCCUGCAAGGCUUUGCCGGCGGCGUUGUCGACUUCACCGUCUCCGGUACCUCUGAUCCUUACUACGGCGGGUUGUACUUCACAAAAGUGAAAUUAGGGUCUCCACCAAGAGAAUUCAAUGUGCAGAUUGAUACCGGAAGUGACAUCUUAUGGGUCACCUGCAGUUCUUGCAUUGAUUGUCCGGAAUUGAGUGGAUUUGGUAUUCCCCUCAAUUUCUUCGAUUCUACAACCUCUUCAACUGCUUCUCUGGUGUCAUGUUCAGACUCCAUAUGUUCUUCCAAUUUCAAAACUGCCGAUACAUCAUGUUCAGAUCAAACCGAUCAAUGUGGUUACCAGUUUCAUUAUGCAGACGAUAGCGGGACAUCUGGUCAUUACGUUACAGAUUUUCUACAUUUUGACACAGUUGUGGACCCUUCCACCAUUACCAAUUCAUCAGCUUCUAUUACAUUUGGGUGUAGUACGUAUCAAUCUGGUGGCUUAACGAAAUCAGAUAAAGCAAUGGAUGGGAUUUUUGGAUUUGGGCAACACGAUCUAUCUGUUGUAUCACAAUUAUCUGCUCAAGGAAUUACACCAAAAGUAUUCUCCCAUUGCUUACGUGGAGAUGGAGCUGGUGGGGGCAAACUUGUUCUUGGUGAGAUUUUGGCUCCGACCAUGGUUUAUAGUCCCCUUGUCCCAUCACAGCCUCAUUAUAAUCUUGAUCUUCAAAGUAUUGUGGUUGGUGAGCAGUUAUUGGCUAUUGACCCUACGGUUUUUGUGACAUCUGACAAUCAAGGAACCAUUGUUGAUACCGGAACAACAUUGACAUAUCUUGUCCCACAAGCAUUUGAUCCUUUUGUGGAUGCGAUUACGGCUGUUGUGUCAGAAUUAGCAACUCCGGUCCUUUUAAAUGGAGGCCAAUGUUAUUUAAUGGCGUCGAGUACAACCGAGAUAUUUCCCAAGGUUUCAUUAAACUUUGCAGGCAGUGCAUCCAUGAUUCUAAAACCUGAAAACUACCUUGUGCCAGGAGACCCUAUUGAUGGUGGUAUUCCACAAUGCAUUGCCUUUCAAAAAGCGAGCAAUGGGAUAACUGUUCUUGGAGAUCUUGUUCUAAAAGAUAAGAUCUUUGUUUAUGAUUUAUCAAGGAAUCGAAUUGGAUGGACGGAUUACGACUGUUCGGCUGAUGUAAAUGUCUCAAUAAAGUCCAACAAGAACGAGUACAUGAAUGCAGCACAGUGGAGUGCGGGCAUUUUGUUAGGGUUUACAAGUCUUGAAGCUCUUUUGGUGCAUAUAUUAGUAGGGUCAUUUUGGUCUUUUUUAUUAUGGUGACAUGAAACCUAGUAGUUGGGAAAUAGUCUCAUUAUUUUUUUGUUUCAUAUGUCCAUUCGGUUGGCUGGUUUUUAUUCAGGUGAUCGGCUAGCCUCCAUUUUGCUCCUUAGGGACAACUUUUAAUUUGGCUCAAUUGGUCGACUUAAAGGCUUAAAUUUUAUCUCUAAUCUUUCUUGAAUGGAAUGAAUUUGUAAGAAAAGAGUAAUAUUUACAUAAUUUUUUUUGUCUAAUUUAAUGCUAUUUAAGGCAUA